GAAAUCAUUCACAGUUGUUGAUCAAACGGUUCAAAUUUGCAAGGAAAUGAAGGGAAAUGCUCCAGAUUCAUCACCGUAUGCAAGAGUCUUCUAUCGUGUGCAAAUGACUGUAAUUGGCAAAACAAAAGUCAAUGAGAUCACGCUUGGGACAGGAAUCACUGAGCUAUAUUCCAUAAGUCUUCCUGGUGGAGCAGUUACUGUCCGAUACACUGACAUGAGAUUCUAUGAUGCAAUCACACGUACAAGUGUAGUUAAACUCUAUUACAGGAAUAUGUCUCCUAGUGACAUGAAGGUCUUCAUCACGUCUAAUUCAGCACCUGUUGCUCAUACACCUUCAGAUGCCACAGCCACACCUAGAUCCCUUGACGUGGACUACAAGCUACGGCCUGAAGGAAUCUACUCAACGUUCAUCAGUGGAGAUGGGUAUAAUCUCCUAGUGGGCUCAAAACCCGAAUUAGAUAUUGACUUUGGGACUGCAAGUUGUGGAAGGGUGGACUAUACGGGUGAUCAUUUCAAAACUGAACUGAAAAUAGUUGCUGAAAGAGAUGUGGAUAUCUAUGCUCACUCAACAGCAAAUAUAUAUACUUUUUCCAGGCCCAUUCAACAACAAUCUUGGAGAUGUGAAUAUAACAAGGAGAAACAAAACCACAAAUUUAUAAGAGUGGUCAAUCACCUGGAGUUUUUACUCCCAGUUCACACGAUAGAGUCUUAUGAUGGUGUUGAGAUUCUGAGGAGACCAUUUGGAGAAAAAUAUAUACUGGAAAUUUUUGAAUUGAAAUACCUUCUGGAAAAUAGAGAUAAACCAGGGAAGCAUUUAACUCCAAUGAGGGCCACUGGUGAGAUCAGUUUUGCCCCUGAUGAUAGGCCUACUGACACUGACACCGCUAAUGCGAUGGGCCGAGGUUUCAAUGCAAUUAGUAAGAGUGAAGUUCAUCCACGUUUCAUCAGCCAGAUACCGAAAAGAGCCCAUAACAGGAAUGAUUACUACAGAGCAGGCUCCAUUAAAGAUUACAAGACUUUAAAGAUAGAUGAAGAAGGACAUCAACAACGUGAAAUGAUAUUCACCACAAAAUUAAUGGAACAGGAUGGUAGAAAAGGAGUAAACGAGCCAUUUACAGGCCUAUUUGUGUGCACGCCCGGCUCCAGUUUCUAUUGGAUGAGAAUAAUAAGACCAUAUUUUGAAAUAUUCCAAGAUGGGAAAAGUUUGGUCAAUAAUAGUAUGGAAAUUAAUUAUGCAAAGACCAAAGAAUAUCUUGGAGAUUGUAUUAAUCAAAAGUGGACUUGUAUAAAAACUGGAGACACAACAGCAGAGAAGUUCUUGAGAAUAACAACAAAGGGUGAUGUCAUAGUUAAAUCUGAUGCACAUGCACUCAAUGCAAUCCAGUUCACACCUGUGGAUGAUGUAAGCCUCAAGCUACUGGAAAGUACCGGUUCUAGUCAAAAUUCAAAAUAUAAAAUCACAUAUGAAGGAGUGAGAUAUUAUAGGCAUGAGGAAAUAGCCUCAGAAGGGGAUAAACAUGUUUCCAAAAUCAUCAAUUUUGAUUUUGGUGGAUACUUGAUACUUGAAACAACACCAUCUCCAAAUCUUAAUUGGAGAAGUGGGACCAUGAAUAUCAGGAAUGCACUUUCCACAUCGAAAGACCCCCCAGUGUACUAUUCUGAUGGCGAUAGAGUGAGAGAGUAUAGCUUCCAUUUGCCUGGAGAUCAGUCAUCCGAAAUGUGGAAAGAAAAAAAGAUGAUGAGAAUUGGUGAGAGCUACAGAGUAAAGGAGAAAAUAAGACUGAAUUCGGGAGCAUUGGAAUGUCAUGAGAUUGUCAAUCUGGGAAUUGCCGAAACUGCUGACAGUGAUAACCGGCUGCAAACGCUAGUCCAGACAUUCAAAUAUUCUUCUGAAGGCAAUGCUGCAGAAUUGGAACAAAGUUAUCAUGGUAGAAAAACUAGAGUAUGGGAAUGCACUAGUGCUCCUAGACAGAUUAAAAUCUUACGAGUUAUGAAUAAUUUCUUAUUCAACCAAGCCGAUGUUGAGAAUAUAAGAACUAUUUUAUAUUCUGAUGGAAUUGCUAUUUUUAGUGGUAAGAAGAAUACCGGUGAUGAGAGAAUAGAAUAG